GUGACUUUGCUUGGUUGAACACCCUGACGAAUGUGGAGUUUUGAGUGCAUCCUACCCGCAAAAGAGGAAGAGAAAUAUGGGCAUAUAAAAGAUAUUCCAUCACUUAAUUUGGUUAAACGACGAAAAAAUGGACGACAGUGAAGACGAUGUUUAUGUUCCUCCACUGAUGGAACAAUCUGACGAUUACAUGAUCAUGCAUCCAAAACUGGAGAAAAACUCCAUUUUUAUAAUACACGCACAUGAUGGUCAGCCGAUUACUGACUGUAUUAAGAAAAAUCUGGAAAUGUAUACCCAGCCUCCAAUCAAAGUCAAAGCCUGCGAUGUUACAGUGAUCCAAAGUCAAGAACUUAGACACCAAGUGACAGCUCUUCUUUUAACUCCUGAAAUGAUGGCACACCUUGAAGCAAAUUCAGUCUCAAAACCAACAACCUUACAAAUUCCGGAAAAUACGACAUGUGUUUGCCUAGUUCACUAUUCAAUGGACACUGAGGAUGACGAUAAAGUCAGAAUGGUGCUGGAAAAAACUAUUCCUAACUUUGCAGUUUGUAAGAAGAUUAAGCUGCUGUAUCUACGGACAGCAACGAUUGAAAUUGUGACUUUACUUGAUGGAAUGUCGAAAGAAAAUUCAUUUCCAGCUAUCCUCCAGUAUCGACUGGAACCAGAUUACAUUGUUACUGACAAAAACCCGGUACUCAUUCUGUUCAAAUCCAAGAAAACUGACCGGAACCCAGUAUCUGUGAUAGUAGACGGUAGACGCAUUGAUGCCAAGUACCUCAACCCCUACACAUACUCGUUCGUCCCGUCCGGCUUGCCAUAUGGAAAAAUAAUGGUGGACGUUUUGGUUGGCGGGAAAUCAGAAGGAACUACGUAUAUAACAGUGGGGAACAAAAUGGACUUGCUGUACGAGGAAAUCAAGGACAUGGCCUCCCCAGUAGAGUUCCUGUGUCAGGUUCUGAAGCUGUCCUCUAGGGACAGAGAAACUCUGGAUAGGGAACUAGGGGACAUAAUCAAUGACAGAGUCACGGAUCAUUUCUCCUGCCUGGAUGGCCUUGAUUAUCGGUAUUCUUUUCGUGACCAGCAGAUUGAUAAAGAAUUCCCUACAAUGCUCCAUUUUGGAGCACAAUAUGGGCUAUCUUGCUUCUGCAAAGUUUUGUCGAAGGUGCCUGGGUUCAAAAUUGCGAGGACAAUAAGGAAUAAAUAUAAUCAAACACCAAGCCAACUGGCUCAAAAGAUGAAAUUCCUAGAUCUUGCCGAACAACUUAACCCAGCGGACACCAGGAUUUCAAACCAUAGCAUGAUGAGAGAGAAAAGUGAAACAUUCAACAACUAUCACACACUGCAAAAACUUGGACGGGGCAGGCAGCGAAUACCUGUUGAAAGUGCUGAAGUGACAAUGCGACCACAACAAGAAAAAGAACAGAUUCUGAAGAACAGAACUGCAUCAGGACUCUCGGACAACUCACGAGAUAGUGGAGUCUCUGCAUUGUCAUUUGAAAGUGACAGAUAAAAGUAUAAAACAAAGUCGAAUCAAAAAGAAACUUUUUAAAAACAAAAAAAGUUAAAUGACAGCGUAGAACUGAAACUUAAUGCAGUAACUAAAAGCAAAAGAUGAAAUUCCUAUGGUUGUUUGUCAACAGAUCAUUCCAUUUAUAAUAAGCAAUUCACUUGCCUAACCAUGUUAUUAAACAUGAUUUAUGUGUAGCCAUGUAUAUUUCUUCCAUUCAAUCAUACCCGAUAAUUUCCGGACUGUAAUGUCAAAUGAAUCCAAUUUAAAAACAUUGUGUGAAUUAUUAUACUCUUUGUGUCAUUAUGGGUAAUAUUCUUGCCAAACUAUAUCAUAAGUCGUCCAUUAUUUGUUAUUGUUACCAUGACUGUGAUUUUUAACGUUUUGUAUUUUUCUUUGAUAUUUUCCGCUUCUUUUGAAUACUUGAUUGAUCUGUUUUACAUAAAAAAUAGAAAAAUCGGUAACUAACAAUGUAAUGCAAUAACAUUGGUGCUAAUAAUUAUGAUGCAUGGUUUGCAUAAUUAUUGUUACCCGUAUUUCACAUGCGAUAUGGAUUAUAAUUAAAAAAAUCCAAUAGCUA